AUCCCACUAACCCACCUUCCCUCCACAAACCCUCCAUAGUCUUGCUGCAAAUCAUCACCCAAUUCAAUCCCAUCACUCCCACAACACUCCAAAUUAGAACUCUCUUUCAAAAAUCUUUUAAAAAUAAGAAUAAAAAUCCAAUCUUUACCCCCAAAACUCAAUGGCCAAAGAUUGUAAUCCUAGUAUUCCCACGUCCCAUCUCCAUCCCCCCUCCCUCCCUCCACCAAUAAUGGAGAGAAUUGAAAUGAUGAAUCCCUCAAUUCUAAAGAGAGAGGCUGAUUGUGGAGCUUCAGAGCUCACAUGCACCACAUUUUGGCUGCCUUUUUGUGAGGUUUUGUAGUUGACCCUUUUCAUUCCUCUCAUGCCCUAGAUUGUGACUUUCUUGGUUCAUCUCCUGCUUCUUGCCUUGUCAAUCAAUUCCAUUCACCUUUAAUGUGACUUAUCUCCUCUAGUAGCACUUAUUUAUAUGGAUAUUUAAUUUCCACAUUUAUCUCAACUGUAAUUGGCUCAAGGCCUUUCCUUCCCCUUUUGAGCUUCUCCCCCUUUCUGCUUGCUUUAUGGCUCACAAGAUCAUGAAUUAUUGCCUUUUUUUCCAUUCAUGAAUCAUGUUUUCUAUGAAGCUUACAAUGUAGGGCACUCCCAAUUCUUCAAUUCCUGUCAGCUCCAUUUCUAUCUGUAACUGCCCUCUGUUUCCAGUGAUGGGAGGAAGCAAGAUUUUGAAUUUGACAAUAAUGUUUUGCUGCUUAAUUGCUUCUGUCCAAUCAUUGAAUGAAGAGGGAAACAUUCUUCUUGAAUUCAAGAACUCCCUCACUGAUCCUUACCUCAAUCUCCAAAGCUGGAAUCCAUUGGAUUCCAACCCUUGCAAGUGGAAAGGCAUAGGCUGUAUCUCAAACAACACUGUUGUUGCUGUCAAUCUCAGUGGCUUCAACUUAUCUGGCAAUCUCUCCUCCUCCAUUAGCAAACUCCCACACCUAGCCAUCUUCAACAUCUCCAAAAACCUCAUCUCUGGCCCAAUCCCUUCCAAUUUCAGCUCCUUCCAAUCCCUCCAAGUGUUGGACCUCUGCACGAAUCGCCUCCACUCCGAGUUCCCGUCUCACCUCUGCACCAUCACAUCCCUCACAAAGAUGUACCUCUGUGAGAACUAUCUCUUUGGAGGAAUCCCUCAUGAUAUUGGCAGCCUUCCCUCUCUUGAGGAGCUUGUGGUGUAUAGUAACAACCUAACCGGCGAGAUCCCUUCGUCGAUAGGACGGUUGAAGAGGCUCAGGAUCAUCAGGGCUGGGAGAAAUCUCCUCUCUGGCCCUCUCCCUUUUGAGAUCAGUGAAUGUGAGGGGUUAACUAUGUUAGGAUUAGCUGAGAAUAAGCUAGAAGGCCCUUUCCCUUCUCAGCUUCAAAGCCUCAAGUCUUUAACCACUGUGAUUCUUUGGAACAAUCUGUUUAGUGGUGAGAUCCCUCCUGACAUAGGUAACUUCACUAGCUUGGAGCUGUUGGCGAUGAACGGGAACCAGUUGUCGGGAGCUCUCCCACGAGAGAUCGGGAAGCUGCCCGUGUUAAAAAGGUUGUACCUUUACACAAAUCAGCUGAAUGGGAGCAUCCCAGUUGAGCUAACCAACUGUUCAAAUGCAGUUGAGAUUGAUCUCUCUGAGAAUAAACUGACCGGGGUAAUCCCGAGAGAGUUUUCUCGGGUGUCCCGGCUUGAGCUCCUUUACCUCUUUGAGAAUCAUCUUGUGGGAGAGAUUCCCAUUGAGUUAGGGGACUUGCACCAGCUGAAGAAGCUGGAUCUGUCCAUAAACAACUUAACUGGUUCGAUCCCGUUAGCGUUUCAAAGCCUCGUUUUCUUGAAAGACAUUCAGCUCUUCAACAAUCACCUCAGUGGUGUAAUCCCUCCACUUCUUGGAUACAAAUCCAACAUCUCAAUCAUUAACCUCUCCAAGAAUAACCUCAUAGGCAGCAUUCCUCCGCAUAUAUGUCGAUAUCAGAAGCUGAAUUUUCUCAGCCUCGGAUCAAACCGGUUGUCGGGAAACAUUCCCCAUGGCCUCAAAACAUGUAAAUCACUUGAUCAGCUUAUGUUAGGUGACAACUUACUCACUGGAAGCCUCUCUGUUGAGUAUACCAAGCUUCAGAACCUCUCAGCGCUCGAGCUUCAACAAAAUCGAUUCUCAGGGCUUAUCCCUCCGGAAAUUGGGAACUUUACAAGCAUAGAGAGGCUCCUGCUGUCACACAACCAUUUCAUUGGCCACAUUCCUCCAGAGAUAGGGAAUCUUGUGAAGCUCGCUGCGUUCAACGUCUCGUUCAACCAGUUGAUUGGUAGCAUCCCGGAAGAGUUGGGGAAUUGUGUAAAGCUAGAGAGGCUUGAUCUUAGCAGCAACUCGUUCACUGGCCCCGUUCCUGACAAACUCGGCUCGCUAGUGAAGCUCGAAUUGCUCAAGCUAUCCGAUAACAGAUUGACAGGCUCGAUUCCCGGGAGCGUAGGUGGUUUAGUGAGGCUAACUGAGCUGCAAAUGGGAGGAAACUUGUUCUCAGGGAGCAUUCCUGUUGAGCUAAGCCAACUUACAGCUCUUCAGAUUGCUCUCAACAUGAGCCACAACAAUCUCAGUGGCUCGAUCCCGAGCAGCCUCGGGAGCCUGCAGAUGCUUGAGAUUCUCUGCCUGAACGACAACGAGCUCAGUGGCGAAAUCCCUACCUCGAUAGGGGGGCUGAGGAGCCUCAACCAAUGCAACCUCUCUAACAACCGUCUAUCCGGAGUGGUUCCUAACACACCGACUUUCCAGAAGAUGGAUGCGAGUAAUUUCGUUGGAAACAACGGUUUAUGCGUGGUCGGCCAGAGCCAAUGCCAUUCGGAUCAAACACCAUCUCCCCCAAACCGGAGCUGGUUCAAGGAUGGCUCAGCGAAAGAGCGAAUAAUCAGCAUUGUUUCCUUUUGCAUCGGUAUUGUCUCCUUAGUUUUCAUCGUUGUCGUUUGCUGGAUCAUGAGGCGCCCGGGGCCCUCCUUCGCCUCACUCGAUGACCAAAUCAGGGAGGAUGAGUUAGACGGCUAUUACUUCCCCAAGCAGGGCUUCAACUACCAGGACCUAGUCGAAGCCACGGGGAAUUUCUCCGAAGCAGCUGUCGUUGGGAAAGGCGCCUGUGGCGUGGUCUACAAGGCCGUCAUGGCGGAUGGCGAGACCAUCGCGGUUAAGAAGCUGAAGUCGCGCGGGGAAGGAGGCGACAGCAGCUUCCGAGCCGAGAUAUCGACUCUAGGGACGAUUAGGCACAAGAACAUCGUAAAACUGUACGGCUUCUGUUACCAUCAGGACAGCAACCUCAUCUUGUACCACUACAUGCCCAACGGGAGCCUUGGCGAGAUACUACACGGAGACGAGACAGCGACGAUGCUGGACUGGGACGCACGCUACAGAAUUGCUCUCGGUGCUGCUGAGGGACUCUGCUAUCUGCACUACGACUGCAAGCCUCAGAUCAUACACCGAGAUAUCAAGUCGAACAACAUCUUGCUCGAUGAGUAUUUCGAGGCGCACGUAGGCGAUUUCGGCUUGGCUAAGCUGAUGGAGUUUUCCUACUCUAAAUCAAUGUCUGCUGUUGCUGGAUCAUAUGGAUACAUUGCUCCUGAAUACGCGUACACAAUGAAGGUGACCGAGAAGUGUGACAUCUACAGUUUUGGAGUGGUUCUAUUAGAGCUAGUGACGGGGAGGUCACCGGUGCAGCCACUGGAGCAGGGCGGGGACCUGGUGACGUGGGUGAGGAGGUCGAUGCACAAGCUGGACACGGCGUCUGAGAUCUUCGAUCGGCGUAUUGAUCUAGGUGCUAAGAGGACGACUAAUGAGAUGUUCUUGGUUCUCAAGAUCGCGUUGUUCUGCACCAGCACGUCGCCUCUGAAUAGGCCGAAUAUGAGGGAGGUGAUCGCCAUGCUCGUUGAUGCGAGGGAUGGAGCCGCAGAUUCGGUCGCGUCUCCAACAUCAGAAACUCCUCUGGAUGGAGAGGAUUAUUGUUGAGGAAGAAGAUGGGAAUGUAGGAGGAUGCAACCACUCUGAUGUUGAAUUGUAAAGGUGGAUUACUAGCUAGAAUCGAUUCAUUGCUAAUAAUAAUUUGAGCCAUUAGUUUC